AUGGAGCGGGUCUCAGCUCUGCUCCCGUCUGAUGGAUCACCAAGGACGAGGCAGAACCGGGGCCGGGGAACCCUCGUCCCUGGGCUGUUGGCCCCUCAUGCCAGGACGAUCCACUUCGAGACCCGGCCUCCCUUUCUGCUCAUGUUGAAGAAGGAGGAGGAGGAGGGCAGGGGCGAGGGCGGAGGGCUGCAGUGGGGCUGGGAGGCGCUUCACGAGCCUGUCGCAGAGCGGGGCUCUGGAAGGCGCUGCGGACCUCAGCCAGCCCAGGAGGCUCAUGAGCUGCCUUGCGCCUCCACCAGCCUGGCCGCCUGGAGCCCCGCGUGA